AUGGGUUCUAUAGUGCUCAAGUCGCUUUCGGUGCUUCUCGGUAUAUUCUUCGUUUUUGUCGGCACUAUGAAGCUGACUUCGCACAUCAGCAAGGACUUGCACAAGGACCUGAGGAAGGAAUAUGUCAAGUACGCAAAAGUAUUCCCACUUUCGGGAACACUUGACUUUAAAGUACCCAGCAAGUGGUAUCGGAGAAUAGUCGGCUCGCUCGAGAUUAUCUGCGGCCUCGCCAUGGCGAUUAUUCCAAGUCACAAAGUUAAAAACUUAUCGAACACGGUGCUGCUUCUUUUGAUGCUGAUGGCCGUGUACUCUCAUUACAUGGUUAACGACAAAUUCGAGAGGAUUGCCCCGGCACUGGUAUUCUUCUUUAUGCUGACGGGGCGACUGGUAAUCGAUUGGCAACUCAGGCGAGAAAACGCACAAUCGGUGACGGCGAACGGUGUCGACGACAAAGCGAAGAAGCAAGACUGAACGGGAUUACAAUUGGAAAAUGUGUUAGCUGUUUUCACUUUAAAUCACUUAAUUCUGCGAUUUCAUUUCUGGGACACUGAUUCUGAGAAAGAUUAAUUUAAUUAUAUAUACUCUCGUUCCCCAUUUUUUGAAAAAUAAAAUUUUUCUCUCAAGACACCGUUAUUUAAUAGCUUUUUGAAUCUUUUAUAUUCAAAGAUUUGACACGCAGUAAAAAAACCUAUGUAAUAUAUAGGAAAAAAGAAAAUGAUAAUUUAGGAUUCUAUGAAUCAACUAGGAAAAAAAAUGUACAUCUCUGGAAGGGAAUGCAAGAGGAAUAUAUAAUUUACUUUACAGUGAUCAGUUUUAAUGUGAUUAGUGAGAUAAAUUUUUGUUGCACUCUAUGUGUUACUCUGUGCACUAUAUCGUCAUAUAGUUUGCAGAAUAAAAAGCGAGCGAUGUUGAGACGCAAUAAGAUUUGUAAUUAAUGGAAGUAAAGUUAUGUAAAGUUUUAUGACGAAAUAUUUUUUAUCACCGAUGCAGAACACUCAAUGAAUAUGUGAUGUGUAUAUUUUCUUCGAUAAAUAUUAUUUAAUUACCACUAAAAAUCUAUAAAUACAAACAUUGAGUUUUGGUGAUAGCAAUUACAGUCCGAUGAUCGGUAAAUGUUGUGUCCGUUAAUUGAUGAUAGUUCAUCCCACAAUAUCGGUCCACACCAUUUCUAUCGAUUGUUGCUAGUCAUGAUUAAAGAAAUUGUUU